AUAAACAAACGGUAGAAACCUUUAUAAUCUUCUCUCUCUUUCCAUUUCAUAUCUUGAUAUAAAAUAAAAGUGUUGCCCAGGUACAAAGCCAAAACUUAGACAAGAGAAGCUAACCCAAAGUUCAAAAGGGGUGUGCAGAGUGAGAGACCUCCUUCCCAACACUAAGAAAUUUUCCAUUUCCAUCUUCUUGUGGGGGUUAGUGAAGCUUUGGUGUGAUUAUCAGAAGAAGAUAUGGAAGCAAGAGAGUGUUGUUCAUCAAGUACCAGCACAAGCACACAGACAACAACGAUGAAUUCAAGAAGUAAAACAAGAAGAUCAGAGAAGCAAUAUAGAGGAAUCAGGAUGAGAAAGUGGGGGAAAUGGGUAGCUGAAAUUAGAGAACCAAAUAAAAGAUCAAGAAUUUGGUUAGGUUCAUAUUCAACACCAGUUGCAGCAGCAAGAGCAUAUGAUACAGCGGUAUAUUAUUUGAGAGGGCCAUCAGCACGUCUGAAUUUUCCUGAUUCAUUAAUUCAUGAGAAACAAGAACAGCUUCAUGACUUAUCUGCUGAAUCUAUUAGGAAAAAAGCUACUGAGGUCGGUGCUAGGGUUGAUGCUCUUGAAACAUCUGGUGUUGGUCUUGGUCUUGGUUUUCAUUCUUCAUCAGGGGGGAUAGUAUUUAAUAGCAACAACAAUUAUUCUACUAAUUGUAGUAGUAGCAGCAGCGAUAGGCCUUUCAAGAUGAUACAUCCCGACUUAAACGAGAAACCCAAGAUUGAAACUUCAGAUGAAGACGAGUUCAUGUAGGAUUCGAACAGAUGAAGACAAGUUCAUGCAACAAGAUCUCCUCUUCCACUUUUUAUCCAUCUCAUCUCUUGAACAAAAGGGUAUAUGAUGAUGGUUCAUGGAACAAGAAACUCCUCGUACCGUUUCAGUAACUUGGACUUUCGGUUCCAUAUCAACGAUUGCGUUUUGAGGUGUAUUGGUCAGCAAGUAUGGGUGGCCAAAUAUCAAGCUGAGACGGAAAAUCAUUCAAAAUCAUCUUACUAACCUGCUGCAAGAGGAAGAAGAUGAAAGAAGCGUUUGUGCAAAAGAAGUAAAAAUCUGAAGAUGUAAAUGUGUCGAAGGGAUAAGAAUUGAUUAGUAUGAGGAGAUUGGAGAUGGAUAGAGAGAACCGUUGCUGCGGAUAACGUGUUGAUCAUCAAAAGACACAAACAACAGCAACAACACAUAAUCAGAUGCCUACAGAGGGAGAGAGAGUCUGAAAUUGUCGGUGGGGGUGAGAUGUGGUCCUCAGAACAAGCCGCUAGCUAAGCGUAAGAUAUGUAUAUUAGGAUUUAAGGCUGUCAUGGCCGUCAUGGGUUCAAGUGCUGCUGCUUCAUCUUUAAAUUUUGUAUAUAUAUAUAUAUAUAUAUACUAUAUGUCAAUGGACAACACAUAUAUACUAAAAUAUCACUGUAUACUUGCGUAUAUUCUACGUAAUGAUUACUUGUGUACCAUUUAGCAUGUAGUUGUACAUGUGUAUUUGCGGGAGACAUGAAUCAACACGAUCGUUUUUAA